UGCGACUCGCUAUAGAGGCGACGUUGAUAACGGAAGCAAACAUUUUUAACGUCGAACGCAUUUCGAAAGUUGUUGGAUUUGUAGUGUUUCUUUUGACGGUAGGAGUUUCGAACUCCGAAGAUGUCUCUGGCUGAUGAGCUCCUGGCUGAUCUGGAGGAGGCAGGGGAUGAGGGGGAGGAUGGGCUGUACCCGGGGGAAGAGGGGGAGAGUGAUGGGGAGGGACAGGCAGAGGGAGGUUUGGAGGACAUCCCAGAGGAGAUGGAGGUGGACUACAGCGGAGCUGAGAGUGUCUCGUCCAUCGCUAAACUACGCAACAGCAAACAGUUCUCAGAGAUCAUGGACAACAUUGCAAUCUAUGUCGAGAAGCAGCGCAAGAACUCUGAAGUCUCCGGGCCGGUGGAGGCAGACCCAGAAUACAAGCUGAUCGUUGCUGCCAAUAACCUCACAGUAGAAAUUGAGAACGAGCUGAACAUCAUUCACAAGUUUGUACGUGACAAGUAUUCUAAGAGGUUCCCUGAGCUGGAGUCCCUGGUGCCCAACUCUCUGGACUACGUCCGCACUGUCAAGGAGCUGGGGAACAACCUGGACAAGUGUAAGAACAACGAGAAUCUGCAGCAGAUCCUGACCAACGCCACCAUCAUGGUGGUCAGCGUCACAGCCUCCACCACACAGGGGACGAUGCUGGGUGAGGAUGAGCUGAAGAGGUUGGAGGAGGCCUGUGACAUGGCGCUAGAGCUGAACCAAUCAAAACACAGGAUCUAUGAAUAUGUGGAGUCCAGGAUGUCGUUCAUCGCUCCUAAUCUGUCAGUCAUCGUUGGCGCCUCGACCGCAGCCAAGAUCAUGGGUAUUGCUGGGGGCCUGACCAACCUGUCUAAGAUGCCAGCCUGUAACCUGAUGCUACUGGGAACCCAGAAGAGGACCCUGUCAGGGUUCAGCAGCACCGCUGUGCUCCCACACACCGGCUACAUCUACCACUGUGAUGUGGUCCAGACUCUACCCCCGGACCUGAGGAGAAAGGCAGCACGUCUGGUUUCAGCUAAGUGCACUCUGGCAUCCCGAGUGGACAGCUUCCACGAGAGUGCAGACGGCAAGGUGGGCUAUGACCUGAAAGAGGAGAUCGAGAAGAAGUUUGAUAAAUGGCAGGAGCCUCCACCGGUGAAGACUGUCAAACCCCUGCCAGCACCGUUGGACGGACAGAGGAAGAAGAGAGGAGGGCGGAGGUAUCGUAAGAUGAAGGAGCGUCUGGGUCUGACAGAGAUCAGGAAACACGCCAACAGGAUGACCUUCGCAGAGAUUGAGGAUGAUGCGUACCAGGAGGACCUGGGUUUCAGUCUGGGCCAGCUGGGGAAGUCGGGCAGCGGACGCGUCAGACAGGCUCAGGUCAACGAGGCCACCAAGGCCAGGAUAUCCAAGUCCCUACAGAGGAAGCUGCAGAAGCAGAACAUGACGUACGGCGGCAGGUCCACAGUCGGCGGCAGGUCCACAGUCAGCAGCAGGUCCACAGUCGGCGGGAGGUCUACAGUUGGCGGGAGGUCCUCGGUCAGAGACAACUCCUCAGGAACAAGUUCCAGCGUAGCCUUCACUCCACUACAGGGACUGGAGAUCGUGAACCCGCAUGCAGCAGAGAAGAAGGUGGCUGAGGCAAACCAGAAAUACUUCUCCAACAUGGCAGAGUUCCUCAAGGUCAAGAAGGAGGGAGAGGGAAAGUGAGGAGUACACAUCCAAUUUAUCAUACACAUCCACACAUAUACUUACACACAGGAGAGACUGAUAUACAGACAUACCAACUUGUAUUUCAAAAUGAAUGCAGAUGGAGUAAAAUGCAUUCACACUGACUGAUUGAUCAGGCGUCAUAGCAUAACCAUGGGGAGAAGAUUGACCAUGACAGUGAAGAAAAUAUAUUUAGAUUGUAUAUUUGUUUUAGAGCAUGUUGUGCUUUUUUAAAAACGUUUUGACUCCAUUUUGUUCCAUUUUAAUAAAAUGAAACUAAUA